AUGAAUGAAAUUACAAAAGUAAUCGACGAUCGUUGUCAGCCAGCAUGGAAUGAAGUUGUCAAGAAAAAAAAACAAGCUCCAGUUGUUGUACUAGUACCGAAGGAUAGAACAAAAAAUAGAAAUGAUACUAAAUCCUCUGUUAAAAGCUUAAUAAAAGAAUCGGAUCUGAGUGUGAACAAGAUGUCGAGUGCAGCAAAUGGAGGUUUAAUUAUAGAAUGCGACGACGAAGAUAAAUGUGAAAAAGUCCUCUCAGCAGUAAAUAAAUCAAUGGGGAAAGAAUAUUUAAUACAAAAGCCCAAUAACCGACAGCCCAGAAUAAAAAUUUUAAAAAUUCGUAAUCCAAUUGAAAAUGAUGAUGAGCUCCUUAAUGACUUAAAAAAGCAUAAUUCCUGUCUAAAAUUUGAGUCAUGUAUGAUGGAAGUUGUGAAAAGAGAACAAGUCAAAUCAAAGGGAAAUAUAAUUGUAGGAGUUUUCAAUAUUGUCAUUCAAGUGAAUGGUGAAACUUACAAUCAAAUAAUGCAAGAAAAACGUCUCGUGGCUGACUGGGAAAGUUAUAAGAUUGUCGACAAUAUAUAUAUUCGUAGAUGUUAUCAAUGCUUUGGUUUCAACCAUAAUGUUUCGACUUGUCAACAUAAGCCUGUAUGCAAUGUUUGUGCUUCUGAAGAUCAUAAAAAAGCAAACUGUGAAAGCUUAAAAGAAACUUGCAUAAAUUGUAUCAAAAUCAAUGAAAAGUUAAAUUUGAAACUAAACGUAAAUCACAGUGUCUGGUCUAAUGAGUGCGCAGUUUAUAAACGAAAAGUAGAAGUCAGCAAAAGGGGCAUAAAUUAUGUCGAUUAG